AUGGCAUUUCUGGCUAUGGCGCGAGCAGUGGACCGGUUUGCCAAGGAGAGGGCGAUCGUGAAGCGUGAGCGCCUCGCUCGAUUGUACGGCGGCGGCGUGUACCUGCUCUCCAAGGCCGUCACCGAGCUCCCUUUGGACGCCCUGUCCGCGGUGCUCUUUGCCGCCAUUGUCCACAAGAUCUGCGGCCUCCAUGCCAGGCGCGAAGCGGUCCUCCUGUCCUUCGCGCUCGUGGCUACCGCCGCCUCGACGCUGGGUUUGGCCGUGGGCGCCGCGGCGUCCACGGCCGAGCGCGCCGUGGCUCUGGGAGGCCCCGUGAUGAUUGUGCACAUGCUCACAGGCGUCAUCGAUCCGGCUGGACAGGUUGGCCACAGCGCGAAUCAGUUCAUGCAGAUGCUGCACAGCCUGUCGCCAAUACGCUAUGCCAUCGAAGCCCUCUGCGUGGCAGAGCUGCAUGGCUUGGACCUUGCCAGAAGUGCCGCCGAUGCUCCGCGCAUGGGAGGCCUUGCGUUGGUCCGUUCCGGCGAUGAGGUCUUGAGGCGCCUUGGUGUCACCAACGACUUCGAGAGUUGUGCGGAUUGGUUGCUGAGGCUCUCGGCGCUGCAUCUUCUCGUCGCCGCCGUGGCGCUGGCUGUGAACGCGCCCGGCCGCUCCCGACCGUGA